AUGGAUCGAAGUUGGAUGAAUGAAAGUCACAUGAGCCCAGAAUAUGAGGAUGGCGUCGAACAGUUCUUGCAAUUUGCUUCAGAAAGAGGUCGACCGAAUGAAGAAGGAAAAUAUUAUUGUCCUUGCAUCAACUGUUUGAAUGGAAGACGACAAUUACUCAAUGACAUACGAGACCAUCUAUUGUGUGAUGGGAUUAAGAAGAAUUACACAACAUGGAUAUGGCAUGGUGAAGUGACAGACAUGCAGAGUGGGUCCCAAUCUGAACCGUUUGAUGUAGAAAUGAGAGAUCGGUUAGAGGACAUGAUCCGUGACCUUGGACAGGAGUCUUUCAAGCAAGCACACGCCCCUGUGUAUGAAGGAUUGCAGAGUGAUUCUAAGAAGCCUUUGUAUGCAGGCUGCAAGAAUUCCUCAUGA